AUGGGCAGGUUCCAGUACCGGCCGCAAGAGAAAGAAGAAGGGAUGUCGGUAUCUACCUGGCCAGAUAUCUCCCAUCUCUCAAUAUCAACACCCAAGCUAGUCAUUGCACAGAGACAGAUGGGCCAACAGGUCAAGUGGCCUCCAAAGAUGACAGCACCUAACUCGUUCCGGAACCCGGAACUCUGGUGCAACUUCCAUCGCGAUCAUGGCCACAAAACCGAAGAUUGCAUCGCCUUGAGGAUCAAGGUCAACGAACUACUCCAAAAAGGGCAUCUCCGAGAAUUCCUCUCAGAGAAAUCCAAGGCCCACCUCAGCAAAGAGAUAGCAGGGAGAUCCAAAGAAGCUGCACCAACCUCACCACGUCGCCAAAAUCGGGUGAUCCAUGUCAUAUCCGGAGGCUCAGAAGUAAGCGGAGUGAGCCACGCAGCCGCAAAGAAAAUCAGCCGAAACGUUAAGCAUGGUCUGGAAACGAGCCAACCAAAGCGCCUACUUCUAGGCACCGACGAGAUAAGCUUCACAGCUAAGGAGCAAGAGAAGAUCCUAGCUCCCCACCAUGAUGCUCUAGUUAUCUCUCUCACCGUAGCAAACUGCUUGGUAAAAAUAAUACUAGUAGACAACGGCAGCUCCAGCAACAUUAUCUUCCAGAUGGCGUACCAAGAUCUAGGGCUGGAGGAGAGCUCCCUGACAUGCAAGGUAACCCCACUCAUCGGGUUCAGCGGCGAGGUCAAGCAAACUGCCGGAGAGGUUAUCCUCCCAGUAUACGCUGAAGGAGUCAACAUGUCCACCAAAUUCUUGGUCGUAGAUUGCCAAUCGGCAUAA